UAAUUGAUAAUUUAAGCUUGAAACUCGGCUCGAACUCGAACAAUAGUGUAACGAGCCAAGCUCGGUUUUGGCUCGGUUCGUUAACACCCCACCCAUCACCCUAUUCAUGUCUCGUCAAAACUUGCAAGUCGCUACCCUACGUGGCUCUAAGGGCACCUGGCUUUAUUUUGACCCAAAAAAAACAAAAAACUAACGCUUGCUUUUAAAACAAUGAAGUGAAGAACACAUCCUUAGAGAGUCACAUGGCUCGACUGAGUUCCCACCCCUCGGCCAAUUUAUCGAGUCGGUUCUUUCACACAACCAACGCAACAACAAGAUAUGCUUCAUUUGAAUUAAUGGAGUUUUAGUUUCCAUCGAACACUCUACUAUUUCCUACUUCAAAUUGAUGAUUUAAAGGGUUAUUCGUUUGAAAAUGGAUGCAAAUCCGCCUGUUGCAAAUGUUGAGGAACCAGCUUCUUGGGAUGAACUUUACAACAUAAACUUGAUUCCCUCAGAAUUAUUUGUCAAAUUCCGCAAAGAAUAUGAAGGGUUUAGACUUGGUGUUAAUUUAGAGUUUUAUAAUUCACCAAUCAAUGAUUUCCAGACAAAGCUUGUACUAAAGCCUUUGUCCAACGAGAGAAGAUGGAAGUUCAUAUAUGAGCCCAUACAUCAAGAUGUGCGCGUUCUUUCUAAGAAGAUUCCCAUAACAAAAUUCCUUAAUCUGCAGGUUGGCAUUGGUCAUAAUUUUUCAUUAGGUGCUAUUGGGUGGAAAUGGAAGCUUACUUCAUGUUUGGGAGGAGAUAAUAUAUCUCGGAUUCGGAAUAAGACAUCACUUGGAUUGUGUGAGGGUGUGGAUUUCCGGUUUGGCUGGAGGGCUGAUUAUGUUCUUCCCGAAAUUACCGGUGCUCUAGGCACAGGAGAACCAUUAUUCAACAUGAACUCAGGACGCCUGGAAGCAUCACUUGACAGGGUUGAGGCUAUCUUCACACACGGAAAUGAACAAUAUCCCUGAGGGAAACAUCGGGGCAGUAUGAAAAUCUCUCUGUCUUGUAUCCAUAGUCAUAGUUGUACUUGUACAGCUUUGUUUUCAUCCUCCACUUCUUUCAUUGUUUUUCUUAAAAUAAAGCCUGUUUUUUUAUUUGUUGAGAAAUAAGCAAAUAUGAAUUUGACCUAUAUAUUUUUAGCUGGUUCAUGUUCUUGGCAAUUUGCUCUAAGUUCAGACAACUCUGUCAUCAAAUAGGGCCAUAGGCUUUACAUUCACUAUAUAAACUAGUCUCAUAGUAGUUGACAUGCUGUCUUCACGUCAGAGAAUUUCCAACAGUCGGCCAGUUUGUGCUGACUGUGCACGAAUCGAAUAAGCAAAUAAGCAAUCAGUUUUCAUUCUUAAUCGAAUCAAGCGAAAUUGUGCAAGUAUAGGAAAGGCAGAACAUAUCGAUGUUGUAAAAGAAAAUGUGAUGGUCAGCUUGUCUUAAUCUAUCUCUUUUAGUCGAGUGGCCUAUUGUUAGCUGUACA